AGGCAGGGAUUAACUAAUUUCUGUGCCUUCUGUGUCGCUAAAGUGAUAUAGUGCAAUAAAAGAGGAAUGGAAAAUAAAGCAGGUCAAAGAGGGGUUUCCUUCCUGUUGUUUCAAAACUGAAACGUGGAUGUUUCUCCCAUUUACUUUCAACCUACCCACGGGGAAACCACAACACUGCACAGCGUUUUCCCCUGACGCAAUUUCAAAGUAAAGGAGUUGUCUCGAAACAUAACCUUCCAGUACAAUCGAGUCUACAGACAUGGUAACAGCUCAUCGGCCACUUUGUACAUAAAUGAUGGCAAACUGGAAGAGUUUUCUUCAGAGUGAAGCGGAAGGGUGUCAAACGGGAUCAAGGUGCUGCAAGGGCAGAUUCUACAGCUUCACCAACAGCUGUAACGUCAUCUGCACAAGAUGAGAAGAAGGAGGAAGCAUUGAGUUGUAGCCAGAUGCUGUCAGCUGUCAUUUUUUGGAAACCAACCAUAAAUCUCCUUCACAAAAGGAGAUUGAUGACGCAAUAAAUGGAGAGAAACAAGGAAAUCCCUGUGCUACUUCUUGCUCUGCUUCGAGUCUGCUUGGCCUGGUUGGAAAGUUGCCCAAGCCAACCGGCUCUUCCCACAGAUCUCACCUGCUACACCGACUACAAUACAACCAUCAAUUGUGCUUGGAACAUUACAAAGGAAUCCAACCACAGAGAUGCCGCAUGCACACUACUCAGCACUCAUAAGUACAAAAAAAAAACAGUUUUUACUGCUUCGUGUCGCAUGGAACCUGCUGACGUGUCCAAUCAGAAUAUAAGGAGGUGCACCUUGGAUUUCAAAGCCAAACGCAGAUUUACAGUUUCACAUAACCUGUCCAUGAGCCUGAGCUGUGACCCUGGGAAGCACAUUUUCACAGUUUACUUCAGGCCAGCUUGCAACAUAAAGCUAAAUCCACCAGGAAGACCAGAUGUCAACUUUACCACCGUUUCCUGGCUCCUCAUAUUUGGGAAAGAUUUUUCGUUAAAGGUUUUUACCUCAGAGUUGCAGUGGAAAACACAGGAUCAGUCAUGGAGUGAUCCCUCUGUGCAGAAGCAGCAGACAAAAACCACAUCAUGUAAGUCAAAAUGCGAGGCACAGCUGGACCCUGAAUCACUCGUACAAGGAGAGACAUAUGAGGCACGCAUUCGGGUGCAGCCUGAUCAAGUGAAAACUUACAUGUCAGUGUGGAGUGACUGGGGCCCCACUGCAUCAUGGGAGUCACCUGUUGGAAGAAUAAAACCAACACAACCACCUGAUUUUGUGAGGGAUGUGGCCAUUAUCAUCACAGGCGCAACACUGGCCUUGUUUCUGGCUGGCAUACUCUUUAAGAAUGACAAAGCCAUUUGGGUUUACAGGAAGAUGAGAGGUCAGCCCCCACCGGAUCCUGGAAAGUCCUCCCUGAAGGAUCUAAAUUUACAGCAUUGGAGCCCUUACUUCCCCAGGGAAUCCCUUCACUCCUCUUUGAAAACAGAGGACAUCAAUUCUGUAGAAGUUAUCUCCACCAUGGAUAAUGACACACUCUGCAGCAAAGAGGUGGCUCUCCUGGAUAAGAUGAGAAAAGAACGCAUGAGAAUCGAGUCGACCAGCUCCAGUUUCUCCAACCCCAUUUACUCCCAACUUUGUCCUCCUCCUCCUCCUGACGCUAUGGGGACAGCAGAGAGUCUGGAGCCCUGUGACAAUGAUCCAUGCAAUAGCUCCACCGGUUGUCAAGACAAAGGCAAAAGUGCAGAGAAGAACGAGGAGGAAGAAAGAAUGCAAGAAAUGCAGAUUGUACAGUUGCUAUCAAAACGCAAGAACAACAACAGUGAGCAAGUGCAAGUAGUUUCAGGCUACGAGAAGGUUGAGAAGCUCCAGGCUGAACGCUUCAGACUCCAGAGUCUAGAUUCAGGUGUUUGCUCUGGCGAAGAGGUGAGUCACGAGAGUCUGGAAACAGAUAGCGUCAAUGUAAGUGAUGGCCAUGAGGAGGGGCCCGAGUGCAGAGAGGUGGUGAAUGAAAAAGAAGUCAUCUUUCAGAAACUCUUUAGAGGUGAUGGAGGAAGUGUUGUUGGCAAAGGGUCCGUUCAGGUUUGUUCUGAUUACGAGCAAGUCCACAAGCUGCAGGCCAGCAGUCCUGAACUACUGAGCGUAGAUUCAGGGGUGAACAGUGGGGGUGAGGAGCAGGUGAGUCAUGAGGAGAGCCUGGAAGACAUCGAUUCGUCAACUGAAACCACACACUUCCUGUUCCCUCCUCCUACUCGCUGUAUUCUGCCAUGUGCCGUGCCCUCUUUCUCGCAAAUGUCUUUGUCUGAGACAGAUGUAAGUAGAACUCUGCAACCUUCAAGUCUUAGUCAAAUAGUCGGGAAAGCUGCUAUGCUGUCAUUGUCCAGGUCAAUGGAAACCUCGGGUGAUGGAUACAUGCCUGUGAGACAGGAGUCAGGAUAAAGCAGCAAUAGGCGGAUUUACUGGAAAAAAGAGUUGACUGCUGAGCUUCUUCUGCUGGUUGUUGAAAUGUAGUUUUGGAUGCCGGUUGUCCUUAGUUCCUCAGGGACCGUCCUAAGGGACAGUUUAAACUUCAGAAAUCAGUUUGAGUUUAACAUAUCGCAUUUUCGCCAGACCUGACCUCCAUGCUAAGUUUCAAGAGUUUUUAUGCAUGUUAACCCCAUCAAAAAUGACCGGUAACCAUUUUCCUGUUUUUUGUUUGUUGUGUAUUAUUAUUAUUAUGUUUUUUAUUAUUUUAUUAUUAUUAUUAUUAUUAUUAUUAUUAUUAUUGUUAUUAUUAUAAUCGGGUUAAAUGCGGGUUAAAAAUCAUUUUGGCGGGCGUUACUAAAAACUUACUAGCCCGUUUGGCCGGUGAUGCAUGAGGCAAUCAUGUCAGUCAGAGCCGCUCUACUGUUCUCCCUCCCUGGGCAGUACUGACUACAUAAUAUGAACACUGUUGUGAUGCUACGUGAUGACGUAUAAGACGCCCAUUGGCUGCACGCAGGCAGUGCAACCAACCAGCGCGAGAAACCAUGGAAACAGAAAACACAAAGCAGUCUGCGGCCCCAGGAAGCGUUGAGGUCCGGGCGGGGGGGUCACUGUAAAGGCUGGGGCCGCCUGCCACCUUCGCCCCGAGCCUUUCCAAGAAGACCAAGAGCCAUUCGCCGCGCACCACCAGCGGAGGAAAUGCACCGGGCAGGGGCUUCUGCUCCGUUCAUUCUGGUGCUGGUAACUUUAGAAAGUUACCAGCAAAAAAGUUGAUUUAGAACCCUGGUACUGACUACGUCAUAAAGAAAAUGUGAAAAAAAAACGAAAACGGCUUUGUGAGAGUUUGAAGGCACAAAGUUGUAUAUGUGUUGUUCAGUGUCCUGUUCUCAUGGCAGGUUUGUGUGUUCUCUGCAUAUACUGUGACACUGUAUAUAUCACUGCUAUCACAAAGCUUAAAGAAAACCCGAAAUACAUACAUACACAUUACAACUUAUUGCAGGUGUAAUAAAAUGUUCAGACUGUGACAGUCAGGAAUAAUCUUUACGAUGACAUUUGGUGUCUUUUUUUUAUUAAACUGACUGUUGAACGUCACACUUAUAUCUACUGUGUCAGUUGUUCUGUUCUCACACUGUAUUCAAUGGUGUAAUGUAAAUGCAUGCACUGCAGAUGUGUCAUAAUAUUUGAAGGAUUUUGAAUAAUAAAACUGCGUCAAACUUCA